AUGCUUAUAAGAGCGUUUGAGGGUUUGAGCAUGAGGAAAAAGGACUACAACAAAAUGGUGCAACUACAUCUAUUCGUGGACUUUGAAAUAGAAACAAGGCUUGCCAUUGCCCUUGGUGCUGAUGUGGGACAGAGCCAGUGUAUAUGUACAGAAGUUGCGAAUUUCGUCAAAUAUUUUGGUUCUGGAUUUUUUGUGUUGAAGAAAUUUACAAUAAAGAGAAUGUUGACCGACCUUACAAGAAAAAACGAAGUAGGGUUGUGCGUUUGGACUAGCAAAGAGUUCCACCAGUACCAGGUUGUUGGGAGGAAGCUCCCUACGGCAUCUAUUGAGCACCCUAAGAUUUACCGAAUGAAGCUCUGGGCCACCAAUGAGGUUCGCGCCAAGUCCAAAUUCUGGUAUUUCUUUAGGAAGCUGAAGAAGGUCAAGAAGAGCAAUGGCCAAGUGCUUGCCAUUAAUUAG